GUCAUCCUCUCCAGUCUCCAAGCUCAGGCCACGGACGACUGUCCUCCCUACGUCCCCAUCGUCUCCUCCAAUCUUUUCUGUAUUCUUCUCUGUAAAAUCUAGCCACUAUGGUUAACUUCACUAUAGACCAGAUCCGUGGGCUCAUGGACAAGCCCACGAACAUUCGUAACAUGAGUGUUAUCGCCCAUGUCGACCACGGAAAGUCUACCUUGACCGACUCGCUGGUGUCGAAAGCUGGUAUCAUUGCCUCCGCCAAGGCCGGCGCCACUCGUUAUACCGACACAAGAGACGACGAAAAGGAGCGUGGUAUCACCAUCAAGUCCACUGCUAUUUCCAUGUACUUCGAGUUUGACAAGGAGGAACUCCCCGCCAUUAAGCAAAAAACUGACGGUACCGAUUUCUUGAUCAACUUGAUCGAUUCGCCCGGUCACGUCGAUUUCUCCUCCGAAGUCACUGCCGCCCUCCGUGUUACCGACGGUGCCCUUGUCGUUGUCGACUGUGUCGAGGGUGUUUGCGUUCAGACCGAGACUGUGCUCCGUCAGGCUCUCACCGAGCGUAUCAAGCCCGUUAUCGUCAUUAACAAGGUCGAUCGUGCCCUCCUCGAGCUCCAAGUCACCAAGGAGGAUCUCUACCAAUCUUUCCAGCGCACCAUCGAGAGCGUCAACGUCGUCAUCUCCACCUACAACGACCCAGUACUCGGUGACGUUCAGGUUUACCCCGAGCAGGGCACAGUCGCCUUCGGCUCUGGUCUUCACGGAUGGGGCUUCUCUCUUCGUCAGUUCGCUCACCGUUACGCUAAGCGUUUCGGUGUCGACAAGGACAAGAUGAUGGCAAAGCUCUGGGGCGACAACUACUUCAACCCCACCACCCGCAAGUGGACGACCAAAGGCACCGACGCCGAUGGCAAACCCCUCGACCGUGCGUUCAACAUGUUCGUCCUCGACCCCAUCUUCAAGAUCUUCGACGCUGUCAUGAACUUCCAGAAGGAGAAGAUUGCCCCCAUGCUCGAGAAGCUCGACGUCAAGCUCGCUCAGGACGAGCGUGAUCUCGAGGGUAAAGCUCUCCUGAAGGUCAUCAUGCGCAAGUUCCUUCCCGCCGGCGACUCCCUCCUGGAGAUGAUUGUCAUCAACUUGCCUUCUCCCGCUACCGCUCAGCGCUACCGUGUCGAGACCCUUUACGAGGGUCCUAUGGACGAUGAGUCUGCCAUCGGUAUCAGGGACUGCGACCCUAAAGGUCCUCUCGUCCUCUAUGUCUCCAAGAUGGUCCCCACUUCCGACAAGGGCCGCUUCUACGCUUUCGGUCGUGUCUUCUCCGGUACCGUCAAGUCAGGUCCCAAAAUCCGUAUUCAGGGCCCUAACUACGUUCCCGGCAAGAAGGAGGACCUCUUCAUCAAGUCCAUCCAGCGUACCGUCAUCAUGAUGGGUCGUUACGUCGAGCCCAUCGAGGAUUGCCCGGCCGGUAAUAUCAUCGGUCUUGUCGGUGUCGACCAGUUCUUGCUCAAGACUGGUACUCUUACCACCUCCGAGACCGCCCACAACAUGAAGGUCAUGAAGUUCUCCGUCUCUCCCGUCGUCCAGGUCGCCGUCGAGGUCAAGAACGCCGCUGAUCUUCCCAAACUCGUCGAAGGUCUCAAGCGUCUCUCCAAGUCGGAUCCUUGCGUCCAAGCAUGGAUCAACGACACCGGUGAGCACAUUGUUGCCGGUGCUGGUGAGCUCCAUCUGGAAAUUUGCUUGAAGGAUCUCGAGGAGGACCACGCUGGUGUUCCUUUGAAGAAGUCUGAUCCCGUCGUUGGUUACUGUGAGACUGUCAAGGCCGAGUCAUCUAUCGUCGCACUCUCAAAAUCGCAGAACAAGCACAAUCGUCUUUACGCGAAGGCCAUGCCCCUCGAUGAUGAGCUCUCCCUCGCCAUCGAGAACGGCAAGAUCAACUCCCGUGACGAUUUCAAGGCUCGUGCCCGUAUCCUUGCUGACGAGUACGGCUGGGAUGUCACCGACGCUCGUAAGAUUUGGUGUUUCGGUCCCGAUACCACCGGUCCCAACUUGCUUGUCGAUGUCACCAAGGGUGUGCAGUACCUUAACGAAAUCAAGGAUUCGUGUAUUGCUGCAUUCCAGUGGGCGACUAAGGAGGGUGUCUGUGCUGAGGAGAGAAUGCGUGGUGUCCGUGUCAACAUCCUCGAUGUUACGCUUCACACCGAUGCUAUCCAUCGUGGAGGAGGACAGAUCAUUCCUACAUGCCGUCGUGUCACCUAUGCUGCCUGCCUUCUCGCGACCCCUGGUCUCCAGGAGCCGGUCUACCUCGUUGAGAUUCAGUGCCCGGAGAACGGCAUUGGUGGUAUCUACUCAUGUCUGAACCAGCGUCGUGGACAGGUCUUCUCUGAGGAGCAGCGUGUUGGUACCCCCAUGUUCACGGUCAAGGCCUACUUGCCCGUUACGGAGUCUUUCGGUUUCAACGCCGCUCUCCGCUCCGCCACUUCCGGACAGGCCUUCCCUCAAGCCGUCUUCGAUCAUUGGGAGUUGAUGAACGGAACCCCCAUUGAGAAGGGGAGCAAGCUCGAGGAGUUGGUCCGUACCAUCCGUACCCGCAAGGGUCUCAAGCCCGAAGUUCCUACUCUCGACACCUACUACGACAAGCUUUAAUCCUGUCGUUUUCGGUCGUUGCCUUCUGUUUCUUUCGGUCUUGUGUUCGAGGAGCGUCAUUCCUGUGCAGGUUACAUUUGUUGUUCGUUGAAGUCGACUCGUGCUGUUGUUGUGUUGUUGCUGUUUCUCUAGCCCCGAUUACGAGUGUACUACGAAGUCCCGAGAUCAUGACAAUCCAAUGUUUUCAUUAGUUUGACUGGAUAAUUCUCCCUGUGCACAUCC